AUCAUUAUUGCAGAUUUGUUUACACUGCGUGUCCCAUUACUCCGCGCGAUCCCGGACCUGCCGCCCACUGUUCCGCACUCCGGGUUCACCUCUCGCACGCGACUGACUUCGUUAUUAUUGCCAUGUCAGACGACCUCUCUUGACUUGUGCGCCCGCACGCGCGCAGACACGCAGAUGGGGAUUACAACAGCUGGGGUGGCGCGCGCACAAGUAGCUCAUGUUUAUGCAAUGGUGUAUGUGAGUGUGCGUGAGCGUGUGUGUGUGAGCGCGCGCGCCUGAGGUGGCACGAGCAGGUCCGGUACCGCGGCGGCGACAGCGGUCAGACGUUAAACGCAGCAACCCGUGCAUGUUAUUCGGCGGACUGAGGGCUCGUGAUAUUGCAGGUUUGACCCUGAGUAUACGAGGGCGCUCUUUCCACCGUUUUCCACGCACGGUACGCACGUAGACCCGGUGAAAUCGUCACGCGAAAAGAAGCCGUGGAAUCUGUCGCGAGUGUUCCUGCGCACUAUAGAGCAGGUCCGGUCGGUCGGUGUUCGGUAGCACCGCGUGGAGGGGGAAUAGAGCAGGACUUACGCUGGACUCCUGGACGAUUCGGAGCAUCCUCAGUGCUGGCAGCAUCCAUCCCCCCGCGCCUCAGCUACAGCGGGAGGGCCGGAGCGGCAGCAGGAUGUAGCACCGGAUUACCGGAGGAGAGAGGGGCGCUCAGAGGAAGAGAGCGGGACCGAGCGGACUGAGGCGGGACGGAGGGGACAUGGGGAAGGACCAGGAGCUGCUCCAAGCCGUGAAGACCGAGGACUUGCUGACAGUUCAGCGGAUUCUACAGAGACCUCGGCCGGGAAAAGCCAAGCUUCUUGGGGCAGCGAAACGCGUGAACGUCAACAUCCAGGAUGCAGAUGGGUUGUCGCCACUGCACUAUGCUGCUCUGAGUGGUAACAAGGAGCUGAUCUCUCUGCUGUUGGAGGCCCAGGCAGCAGUGGAUAUUAAAGACCAUAAAGGGAUGCGUCCUCUGCAUUAUGCUGCAUGGCAGGGAAAGACUGAACCUAUGAAGAUGCUGCUGAAGGCCGGCUCGUCAGUCAACGGACAGUCAGAUGAAGGACAGAUCCCUCUCCACCUUUCAGCUCAGCAUGGACAUUAUGAUGGGUCAGAGAUGUUGCUACAACACCAAUCCAACCCAUGUAUCUCAGACUCAGAUGGGAAAACACCAUUGGACCUUGCCUGUGAAUUUGGACGUGUCGGAGUGGUCCAGCUCCUGCUCAGCAGUAACAUGUGUGCAGCCAUGCUGGAGCCGAAACCCUCCGACCCCAAUGGAGUGUCACCUCUGCACCUCGCUGCCAAGAACGGACAUAUUGAAGUCAUACGGUUGCUGAUUCAGGCUGGUAUAGAUAUCAACAGACAGUCGGAGUCUGGCACAGCCCUACAUCAGGCUGCCCUCUGUGGGAAGACAGAGGUAGUACGCCUGCUGCUGGACAGCGGCAUCAGUGCAGGGGUGAGAAACACUCUGAGCCAAACUGCCCUGGACAUCGUUAACCAGUUCACCACCACACAGGCCAGCCGGGAGAUUAAACAGCUGCUGAGAGAUGCUUCGGCUGCUAUGCAGGUGCGGGCACUGAAGGAUUACUGCAACAACUACGACCUAACCAGCCUCAACAUCAAAGCUGGAGAUAUUAUCACGGUUUUGGAGCAGCACUCAGAUGGUCUAUGGAAGGGUUGCAUUCACGACAAUCGCACAGGGAAUGACCGCGUGGGCUACUUCCCCUCCAACAUGGUGGAAGUCAUCAAGAGGGCAGGUUCACGGACUGCAGAGCUGAGUCCCCAAGGUUCUCCAACUUUGGGACAGCAGAGCAGCACCAGUGAGGAUAUCUGGGUGCUACGCAAACCACUGGCAGGUGGGGAGCGAAGCGGCAGUGUGGGCAGUCUCGGCAGUGUUCGGUCAUCGAGCAGCUUGCAGGGCUCUGGAAACACUCAUGUUCUGACCACCCCUGCACCCAGUCCACACCCAGCACCCACAACAGGACUCAACACACACGGCCUUAAUGCUCCAGGUCUGCACGCACAAGCUGAAGGUGUAAAGCUCCUGGCCACCGUGCUGUCUCAGUCAGUAAAAGCCAAGGAGCAUCUCUUGGAGCAGUCACAGUCUGUUGAGCAGUCAGCGAGCUCUUCCAGUCGUGCAGUUCAUGAACAGCGGUCGUUUGAGCGCAAGGCAGAGGAGGAUGAUGGGAAAAAACAGGCAGUAGUGGCGUGGCUGGGUGAGUUUCAGCUGCAGUUCUACACCACCCACUUCCUCACCGCGGGAUAUGAUCUAGACACCAUUAGUCGCAUGACCUCUGAGGACCUGAUGGCGAUUGGGGUCAUGAAGCCUGGUCAUCGAAAGAAGUUAAUAUCAGAGAUCAGCAAGCUGCCCUCGACAGACUGGUUGCCAGACCACAAACCUGCCAAUCUGGCAGACUGGCUGUCUCACCUGGGACUAAGCCAGUACUAUCAGGUUCUGGUGCAGAAUGGGUAUGAAAACAUUGACUUUGUCUCGGACAUCAGCCUAGAAGAUUUGCAAGAGAUCGGCAUCACUAAGCUAGGCCAUCAGAAGAAGCUGAUGCUGGGAGUGAGGAGACUGAAGGAGCUACAGCGAGGAGAAAGAGGGUCUGAGCCUCCUCAGAGCCCCUCUACACCUCCAUCCAGCCCAGGUGGCAGCACUAGCUCUGAGCCCCACAGGGAGGCAAGAAAGCAGAGGAACAGUGUCCCCAGCCCACCGGUCAAACCUCGCCCUGGUCUCACACAUUCACAGACUCCCCCACACACACUGACACAAACCCUGCCACAAACCCCUUCACAUGGCCGAACCCAGCAGGCCUCCCCCAGGGCUCGGCUGCGCCCCUCUGCCCAGGCGGUGGCAGCUGAUUCGUCAGUACCCUUGCUCCGGCUGCCCAAUGAGGAGGAAGAGCGACAGAGAACUCACAGUCUAAUUGGCUCAGAGUCAGACUCUAGAUACGCCACCGUGUGCCGCAGCAGCUCCACCCACACUGCCGCCCCUAAUGAUGUCACUGUUAAUCGCAGCCAAUCAUCUGUCACCCUCCGUCCUCGUCGGAAAGGUCGGCCCCCAACUCCACCUAAACGGUCCUGUUCUUCCAUUACUGGGGGUGACGAGGAGGGAGAGGGACCAGGGGAGGGACGACUAAGGCUGCCAGCUUAUCGGGAACGGCGAGCCAGUGACCGUGGCAGGCUUAGAUGUGGCAGUCUACGAUCAACUUUAAGAGCUCAGGACUCGGCAGGCCUAGAAAGAUCAGAGGGGGCUUCUGGGAGUGUUCGCAGCCUCGCUGCCAUGUUGGAAACAUCUAUGGUGGGUGGAGCCAAGACUUUCCCAAGAACCCUAGGAAGCAGCACCAGCUACCUACAGGCAGGUGCUGGUGGUCUUGGAUCUGAAGAUGAUGAUGUCCUAAGUCGACGCAGGACCAUCAGCGGACCAGAAGGCAUCCCUGGUGAUCAGACUGAUCUGUUACCUCGGCGUCCAGAGCCCCGGCCCCGCUCCACCGUGGCCUCCUCAGCGUCAGAGAUCACAGACGGCACAGCGACACUUCGAAAGAAGCCGCAUCCACUGGCAGUUACAACUGUUGUUACCAUGACAACUGGCACUGACACCGUACGCAGAAGACCACGCACGUCCGAGCAUACAAAAAGCAAUAACCAACCAGACUCUCCCAGCACUCAGAGAGAUAGGAGCCGUAAGAACGGAGGUGAGCCGCAGCAGAACGGCAGUGUGGUCCUGAGGCGGAGGCCGGUUUCUGACGUCCCUGAUAAGACAGAGACCAACACAGAGAGCUGUGAGUGGAUGGAGGCCUGGAGGUCCCUGACACCGGUUUCACCCAAACCAUCCACAGUCACCCUGACGAAGACACAAGCUGAUCCCCCAGCGCCAACCCGCAGGGUCCCCUUACCCGGGCCAGAAAACGCUGAGACGGCAGAGAGUCCUAAGCUGAAGCGUGUCCCUCCUCCUGUAUCCCCCAAACCACGUGGGCCUCCAACAGUGCCUAAACCAGGCAACACAAUAGUAGCUACCACGAACCUAAGCCUUGCUGCUACCAGCCCCACCCCUGCUCCCAGACCCUCCUCUCCGCACACUGCCGCUCCUCUUCCAGCUCCUGACACCCCUUCUGCUCCCGCACUCUCUCCGGGACUCCCUCUUACAUCCCCCUCUCCAGCCCAGAGUCCCUCCACCCCUUCACCACACCCGGUCAAACCUCCCCGCUCUCCCGUCUCUGGUCUCUCCAUCGGAGGCGGAGGAGGAAGAGGACAGGAGGAGAGAGGAAGAGGAACAGAGGAGAGGGGGGGAACACAAGAGGCACAAAGAGCAGGAGGUGGAGAGGAAAAAAGUAGUGGAUGA